ACCACCAAUACAUGCAGGUUUGGAUGACAAAUUAGCUUCACUUCUAAGCAUGGUUUAGACAUAGCUAUUCGGAAUCAGGAUUACCCAUUUGACCCGUGACCAGUUCUGAAAAUGUAUAAAUACAGCGCUACCCCGUCGAUGAAGGAUUUUUAUUAACUACCCUUUAUUCAAAAAACAAAAACAAAACAACUCAAACAAUUCUCAAUGUCUCAAUCUUACAAGCCAAUCGUCGCCAUUCUCGGUUCUAACGGGAGUGUGGGAACUCCUAUCCUCGAGGCUCUCACCUCCCCUCAGUUCAGCUCCAGAUACCAGUUGCCAAUCAGAGUCAUCACCCGCUCCAAGAAAGGCAAGCAGGACUCGGCCUCAAUCAAAUACUACGAAGCAAGCCUCGAUGAUAUCUCCUCGUUCAAGGAAGCCUUGGAUGGCACCAGUGUGUUCAUCUCUUUGGUGGGCCAUGGCGCCAACGAAGAGGCGGUCUUGUCAGUCAUCAAGGCGUCUCCUUCCUUGAAGGUUUACAUUCCGUCUCAGUUCGGUACCGACCUUGCCAAGACUGAUUACUUUCCGGUGUUUGAAAGCGUUGCCGCCCAUUCUGCGGCUGCGCGUGAGCAGAACCCGGGGUUGAAGGUGGUUGAUAUUGUCACUUCACUUUUUAUCGCUCCAGGCAGCUGGUUGUAUGAGAUCGUUGGCCACGUCGGUGUCGACCAAGAGUCCAAGACCGCCACCGUCAGAGGUGACCCAGCUUUGAAAUUCAGCGUUACUACCCUCUCAGAUAUUGCCAACACCGUUGCCGUGGUGGUGUCCACGCCCCCAGCGUCUUUAAAGAACACAGUUAGAGUCUACUCCGAUAGCGUCACGCAGGAAGAUGUCAUUAGCAAGUGGGAGGAGUCUCACGGCGUUAAGUUAGAGAGAAAGCAUCAGUCAGCGGAGGAGACGUUGGCUGAGGCUAAGACUAGAUUGGCCGGUGGUUUUAAGGAGGCGGACUUCGGAUUCUACUUGCAAACGAUCAUCGCCCAGGGUGAAGGUAAGGGUUUGGCGUUCCACGCGGAUAAUGACAGAGAGUGGGUCAACCCUGGCGAGUCUUUAUGGACGUGGGGAAAGUUUUAGGCGAGAUGAGGCAAAUAGAGCCGAGCCUGAGUUUUCUGCUAAUGGAGGUUUAAUUCUCUAAAUAAUCGUCAAUUACAUACGUGUCUUACAUUAAUAUUGAUACUUAU